AUGAGAGAAGACCUCCAAAGCAAAGAAGAUCAAUAUUGUAAAGAGGUGGAGGAGAAACAGAAACUUGAGUCACACCCAAGGAAUUUAGAAAUGGAGUUAAGAACACUGAGAAAGCUCUUGAAACAGGCUGCAAGCAGAAACAAGGAAAACCAAAAUGCACUGCAGCUCCCUACUUCUGAGCUGAAACCCCUUACAUCUCAAGAACAAGUCUGCAGCCAUGUGCACUAUUACACUCUGCUGCUUGUCUCAGAUAUGGAAACUGGAAGUGCCUUCUUAGCAACUGAACUUUGGAGAUCUUCCCCACCAAGGAUCACGACGAUCAGAAGGACCGGUGGGACACUGCCUGGACCUGGGACCAUAGGGACGCCUUGGACCCGUGGUGUUUUAACUACUCCCCAGACAAGCCUGGUUGCCGUCAGGUGUGCUUCUAAGAAAACUGGAGGCAGCUACAAAAAUGUAGGUGGCCGCAGCCCUGGCAAGCGCUAUGGAUUUAAAAAAGUAGAUGGUGAAUUUGUGCACGCGGGCAACAUUCUGGCUACGCAGCGGUUGAUGCGCUGGCAUCCAGGGGCUCAUGUGGGGAUGGGCCGUAACAAGACUCUGUAUGCCCUGGAGGAUGGGAUUGUGAGAUACACCAAAGAGGUCUACGUACCUCUGCCCCGCAGCAGUGAGAGCAGGGAAGCGAUCUGUUGUCUACCCAAAGGAGCGGUUCUUUAUAAAGCCUUUAUCAAUGUUAUCCCUGUCACAGAAGUAGGAAGCUUUAAACUCGUCACCAUGCUCUGAGCUUCCUGCCUCACGUAGGGAGGGAUGGGAAGGAGCGACUGGGACAGACCACCACAGCUGGACUGGCAUGAGAGGACAAUAAUAUUCUAGCUCCGAAGAUACCAGUGUAGGACUUCCUUUUCUUGCUCCUAAAGCAUGUGUGGUCAGUGUUCAGGCACUGGGAUCACUCUGGCUGAGCAGACCUUCACCUUGGCUUUGUCCCCUUUGUCAAAGCAAGCAGCUGGUCUGUCUCCUUUGGUCACAGCACGUUUGCCAGAGAAGAGCGAACAGGCACCCCUGGUUGCUCCGCUCAGAGCUAGAGAGCUGGCGUUGGCUCCAUGCUUGUCCUUGUGCUGCAGGAGGGACGGCACCGCUGCCUGGGGUCUGACUUGCCUGUGUCUCGGCUGAGUGUGAAUCUGGGUGAAGGUCUGACAUUUGGCCGUUCCCUGCAGACCAGAACGAUGCCACAGGCACUUCUGUCCCUGACACCAUGGGUGGAAGCAGCGUGCUGAGGCCGAGGCCUCACACGGCUGUGUUUCACUGAGUUUGGUAGCUGAGAGGGGCCUGGAAUGGGUCUGACACGCCACAUCUGUCCAGGGUCUCUGAGCUCAUUACUGUUCCUGAGAAAGCUGGAGGGUGUCUCAAAGCAUGCUCAUAGGGAGGCGGCGUCUAUUGAGGAGAGAGGAAGAACAUCACAGUGGAUCAGCAAUAACCAGGAGAUUAUCCCACCUCUUCUUACAGAGCGGGUGACAAGGCUCACAACUGCCACCAGCCUGAACCGAAAUUCCUGCAGCCCUCAGAGCAGCAGGCUGCUGGCUAGAUGAGGUGAGUGCUUACACUGCUUUUGCAACACAGCAGGGCAAAAAGCCACUGGAGAGGCACAUUCCCCCCGCUGCCCCCUCACACUCUCUGUGCUGGGUUCCUGCUCUUCCCUGUUCCCCUUCAAGGACUUGCUGCUAGUCACAAGGCCAGAAAAGCCCUGAUUUCUGUUACGAGAGGACUGCUGCUUGCCUGCCUUUGACCAAGGAUCGAUUACUGGGGUGUAUACAAGCACCUACAAACCUGGCUUUCUACCCAGGUUUUGACAGAGUCUCACUGCACAGCAGCAGGUGAGCCUCUGGGCUGUUGCUAGCCCAGCUCUGCCAAAAUAAACUAACUUUCUCCCCGGUAAUGAGUGACAGGAGUGGCACAGGGAUAUUGUGGAAGAGCCCCUGCUGUAGUUCAUCCACUGCUCAUCUUUGGGGCCUUACUCUCCUGUGCCCUCAGUGCUCUGGUUUCAGGGCAGGUAUCGUUAGUUACAGCUCCAAACACCGAGCAGCAAGUGCUGACUAUGCCAGAUGUUAUGGUACAACUUCAAGAGCUCCAGAUCCAGAUCCCGCCUCCAGUUCUCGUCCUGCUCAGCCACCCCGGCACAAGCACUCCUGGUCGCGGUCGGCGCUGAGAGUCCUGCUUUUCGUGCUGUUCUGCAUCCUCUGUACUUUGGCCGCCUGCAAGCUGACAGAGCUGCAACGUCAACCCCUGUGCAUCAGCAUGAACACUCGCUACGAGGAUGUGGUAGCCGCUCUUCAAAACCAUAAAACCCUGCAAAAUAUGCUACAACAGAACUCACAGCAGUGAUUGUCCUGGACAGGCACUUACUUCAUCAGCAUCUCCUUCCACCAUCUGCACAGGCAGAAUUCCUAUGGAAUUGCGUUCUGAUGAAACUGCUUUUAAUCAGUCAGCAUUGGUUUGUUGCUCCACUCCACCCAGAGCAGAGGUAUUGUUCAGAUCAUCUUUGCCAUGCAUGUUUCGCAGUUGGCCUGUAACUCCCAUGAUUUGCCCACGUUAACCGAAACUUGUUAACACUUCUUACUUCCAUGGGAUGUUUACCUAGAUGGUGAGACACAGAAAGCUACCGAUCUGUAUGAGUGGAAAAAACCAGGCCUUGCGUUAUCUGGGUGCCUAUAGCUCUAUCCUGGAGGUAGGAGGGUUUUAAUACAUAUCCAUUCCUUGCUCUCAUUUCUCUUUGUGCUAAAAUUGGUGAUACAGCUGUACGGGAGUAAUAUAUUAAGGCCUACUCCAGGACCAAUUACAAGUGUGCAGGGUGGCUGCACAUCCAUAUGUUGCAGUGCAGAAGCUGAUGCACUGUUGAAAGGAGCUGAAUUUUCAAUACAACAGUUUUCACAGCA